UACAAACACAAAUACAGCCCCCCCGUUCCCCAAUCCCCCAUUUCUCUCUCCGACAAGAUAGCGAAAGUCUGAAAGGAAAAAAAGAAAAAAAAAAGAAGAAGCAGAGAUAUACGAAUUUGUAGAGAGAGAAAGUGUGUGAGAGAGAAAAAUCCGCGCAUUUCGUCUUCUCCUUUUUUACUUAGAGGAUGCUCCACUGUUAAGUAAAAUUGGAUGGUUGGUGAUUCUAGGGUUUUAUGAAUUCGAUUGUCUUGGGCGAUAUUAGACUUCGAUGGAAAUGCCGGGGAGACGAUCAAAUUAUAGUUUAUUGAGUCAGAAUCCACCGGAGGAACAUCUCUAUCAACAACCACAGCUACCUAAAUUCCCGGCGGUGGCUGCCGGAGGUGGAGGAGCUGGAGGUUAUUACGAGUCUCACUCUGGGGAAAAGAAUAAUAACAAGGGGAAGUUAGAUAGAGGUGUAUUUGAUUGGGAUUUAAUUGAUCACAGGAUGCAGAGUCGGAUGGGGACGGCGUCUGGGUUUUCGUCGUCUACGGGGCUACAGAGGCAGUCCAGUGGGAGUAGCUUCGGGGAGAGUUCGCUCUCCGGAGAGUAUUAUGGUGGUCCCUCCCUCUCGAAUCAGGAAACGGCGUUUGGUACUUGGAUGAAUGAUGCUAGUGGUGGUGCAGAAAUGAGGCUGAGAGGGGUGGAGGGGUCUGGUGGUGGUUUAGGUUGUGGGUCUUCUUCCUCCAAGAGCUGGGCACAGCAAACGGAAGAAAGUUAUCAGCUGCAGCUGGCGUUGGCGCUCCGUCUUUCGUCGGAAGCUACAUGCGCUGACGAUCCCAAUUUCUUGGAUCCCGUGCCGGAUGAAUCUGCUUCAAGAGCGUCAGUUGCGCCUGCUUCGCCAGAGGCCAUGUCUCAUAGAUUUUGGGUGAAUGGUUGCUUAUCUUAUUUCGACAAAAUUCCUGAUGGAUUUUUCUUGAUUCAUGGAAUGGAUCCUUAUGUAUGGACUGUUUGCUGCGACCUGCAAGAAAGUGGUCGUAUUCCAUCAAUUGAUUCGCUCAAAUCUGUUGACCCGAAUGUCUUAGCAUCCGUGGAGGUCAUUACAGUUGAUAGGCAUAGUGAUCCCAGCUUGAAGGAAUUGCAGAAUCGGGUCCACAGUAUGUCUUCUACUUGCAUCACCACAAAAGAUGUUGUUGACCAGCUUGCAAAGCUAGUUUGCAAUCAUUUGGGGGGUCAAGCUUCCACGGGUGAAGAAGGUUUAAUUCCUAUCUGGAAGGACUGCAGUAUCGACCUGAAGGAUUGCUUGGGAUCAAUUGUACUUCCAAUUGGUAGCUUAUCUGUUGGCCUUUGUAGGCAUCGGGCUUUGCUUUUCAAGGUGUUAGCUGAUAGCAUCGAUUUGCCUUGCCGAAUUGCAAAAGGCUGCAAAUAUUGUUUGAGGGAUGAAGCUUCCUCAUGUCUUGUUCGGUUUGGGCUUGAGAGGGAAUAUCUUGUUGAUUUGAUUGGAAAUCCAGGACUUUUAUGUGAGCCUGAUUCCUUGUUGAAUGGUCCAUCUUCAAUCUCAAUUUCUUCGCCGUUGCGCUUACCUCGAUUCAGACCAGUUGAUGCUACGAUUGAUUUCAGGUUACUGGCCAAACAGUAUUUCGCUGACUGUCAGUUACUUAAUAUCGUAUUUGACGACUCCUCAUCAGAGGUCAUUACGGGAGGCAAUGCUGAUGGAGAUAAGGGAGACAUUGAAAAUCAAAAAAGAUCUGAUAAGAGUUACAUGGACAGAAUCCUUUCUACUCCUAGUUUGAGCAACCAAGAUGAAAUUCGCCAUUCGCAGCUACCUCCACACAAGGUUCGCAACAAGGAUUCACUAAUCACUAAAUCGCAGAAUCCCAUCAGUAUCAUGGGCUCUUCAAAUGUGGCCAUAGCUAUGCAACCAGUUCCCUCAUAUGGGCAUAUUGGAGCACAUAGAGCUAUAGUGGGUCCAAACAUAGAAACAAUCAAAGCUUCAAGAUAUGGUGAGGGAGGUCAACUGAUUCCAGUUGGACCAAGCGGGGAACUUAACCUUGACGUGGAUGACUUGGACAUCCCUUGGAGUGAUCUUGUUUUGAAAGAGAAAAUAGGGGCUGGUUCUUUUGGUACAGUUCAUCGUGCUGAUUGGAAUGGAUGUGAUGUUGCUGUUAAAAUUCUCAUGGAGCAAGAUUUUCAUGCGGAAAGAUACAAUGAAUUUAUACGGGAGGUUCAAAUUAUGAAACGUUUACGUCAUCCAAAUAUUGUACUUUUUAUGGGGGCAGUUACCAAACCGCCUAACUUGUCUAUAGUCACCGAAUACCUAUCAAGGGGUAGUUUGUAUAGACUGUUACAUAAGCCAGGGGCAAGAGAAAUGCUGGAUGAAAGGCGGCGCCUUUGUAUGGCUUUUGAUGUGGCAAAGGGGAUGAACUAUCUGCACAGACGUAAUCCUCCAAUUGUUCAUAGAGACUUAAAAUCUCCCAAUCUUUUGGUUGACAAGAAAUAUACAGUAAAGGUGUGUGAUUUUGGUCUUUCCCGUUUGAAGGCGAAUACAUUCCUUUCAUCAAAGUCAGCUGCUGGAACACCUGAGUGGAUGGCACCAGAAGUGCUGCGCGACGAACCGUCAAAUGAAAAAUCGGAUGUCUAUAGCUUUGGUGUCAUUUUGUGGGAACUUGCAACUGUGCAACAACCAUGGGCUAAUUUGAACCCAGCCCAGGUUGUGGCCGCAGUUGGUUUUAAGGGGAAAAGGCUUGAAAUACCACGUGGUUUGAAUCCUCAGAUAGCUGCAAUUAUUGAAGCUUGCUGGGCGAAUGAACCAUGGAAACGGCCUUCCUUCUAUAAUAUUAUGGAAUCCUUGAAACCUUUGAUCAAAAUAGCCCCAACAGCCCAGUCGAGUGACAUUCCCUUACUAACUUGAAGUGUACACUACGAGGUCUUAUGUGAUUGUUUAUGUGUCUUCUUUUUGAUCGGAUGCCUGGCUGGCAUGGAGCACCGUCCAGGUUUGAAAAUUUGAUUCAGUGAAUCCAAGCAGCUCAUUCUUUACUAGCGAAGCAAUUUGGAAUUGGUUCUCUUUCUGGAUGUUAAUGAGCACAACCUAAUUCUUGCAGGCUUUUUCAUGUACAUAACACACGAUUCGAAUUGGCAAUUUAGGGAUGGAUGUUUUAGCCAAACCAGGAGAAACUCAUUACCUCAAUUGGAGACGACUAUCCUAGUACAUUUGUAUUCUUCUUGAAAUGCUUGUUUUUGCUAAGCAAUCUGUACCAGUGAUUAGUGUGGAAACAAAUCUUGUCAGUUUCCGCCACAAUUUUUUUUGUUGUAUUUAAGCUUUGUAAUCUAGAAUGUGCCCCAUAGAUGCAGAACCACUCAGAAAUUCGAGUGUGACGUGUAAUACAGUACUUGUCAGCUUAGUUGGUCAAAUUUAAUGAAAGUGGUUUUGUAAAAUGAUGGCUGUUUAGUGCAAAUUCGCUCUAUGUUUGUGAUGAGAAAAAUGUUCACUAGUACAUCCUUCUGAUUUGAGAUGUGUUAUUCGCUAGAAUUUAGACUGAGAAAAAGGGUGCUUACUACAUCCUUCUAAUUUGAAUGGUUAGGUGUGUUAUUCGUCAGAAUUUAGGCAACUUGUAUCGAUCAUUGAUAAUGGACCUCGCAGGAUAAUUUUUAUCCUCCAAUACGAAAGGUUUUUAUAUCCUCCGAAGGCAUCAAGAAUCUAGUUUCUUCGGUAGUAUACCGGGAGACUGAACCAGCCUGUUUCACUCUAAUCAGCAAAUACUG